UUCUUCAUCCGACAUUUGCUAUUGCAUUCAGAAUUCUCUUCCUGAACAUUGGAAAUUUACUAGAUCGCACAAUCGCACAUUUGUGUCCGAAUCAACGAGAAAAACACGCCGUGGAGCAGCUCAACGCAAGCGCGAGUGUGUGACGUUGAAAGUAGAUGUGUGUUUUUAAAUAAAAUCGAAGUGUCAGUGGAUGAAGAAGCAACAGUGCAAAUUGCAAACGCCGCGAAACGAAAGCGACGGCAAGCGCUGAUGGACUGAAAUCGCCAAUAAUUUAUAAAUAAAAGUGGAUUUCGCGAUAGUGAAUGUAUGAUUAAUAUAGUAAUCUUGAGAAAAACUUAAACAAAUAAUAGCAGUGUAUUAAAUUUUACACUAAUUUGUUCUUCGAAAUCGCACCCUUAAAGUGUAAUAAUAAUGAUGUGUGGCAGAAUGGUAUCGGAAGUCAAGGCGAGUGGACAAAAACGCUGAAUGUACUUUAACCUUUUUUGACAUUGAACGGCAGCAACGACAAUGGCAGCAAAAAAUUGAAGAAAAGAAAAAAAGUAGGAGCAAGCAUUGUAAAGAUUAAUAUUGCCUGUGUUUCUCUCAGUGAGCAAGUGUAUCGAAAGGCAGGAAACAAUAGCUUUGGCAAAAGUUUAUACCAGACGGCAGGUAGACAAAAUUGUGAAAAAUCCAUUGAUGAUAUUGAAAUAAAUAAACACUAACAAGUCAAAAGUGUAAAAAAAUUAAGUAGCGACUGUCUGAAAAAAAAAAUUAAUAAAUAAAAAUCAACUGUUGGAACCCGCCUAGCUACUCAGCAAUCAGUCAGCAAAAUAAUUAUCACUAACGGUUAUUGUAAGGUACUGAUUGGUCAAACGCUAUCGGAAAAUCAUAUUUCAAAAUUAUUACGUUAAACAAAGUUAAUAUAUGCUUGUUGUAUAUUGAAAAGCGUGCAGAAUUGAUUUUACUUUGAGUUCUCAAAUUUGACCGUCAAAAUUCCACCAGAACCAAUGGCUAAAGACGAGGAGGAGGAUGAUAUUUUGCCCGAUAAGGACGCGGCCAAAGGCUUUUAUGCCAAAUAUGAACCAAAAGAAAUACUGGGAAGAGGCAUCAGCUCGACAGUGCGACGUUGCAUUGAAAAGGAGACUGGCAAAGAGUUUGCCGCAAAAAUCAUCGAUCUUGGCGCCGCUACAGAAGCUGGCGAUACCAAUCCAUAUCAUAUGCUUGAAGCGACCAGACAGGAAAUUUCAAUACUCAGACAAGUUAUGGGGCAUCCCUAUAUAAUUGAUCUACAAGAUGUCUUCGAGUCGGACGCUUUUGUAUUUUUAGUAUUUGAGCUGUGUCCGAAAGGCGAACUCUUCGAUUACCUCACCUCGGUGGUUACAUUAUCAGAGAAGAAAACGCGCACAAUAAUGCGACAAAUAUUUGAAGGUGUCGAAUAUAUACAUGCAAAAAACAUUGUUCAUCGUGAUUUGAAACCCGAAAAUAUACUACUCGAUGAAAAUCAUAAUGUUAAGAUAACAGAUUUCGGUUUCGCGCGGCAACUGAAGGGUGAUGAGAAGUUGACAGAUCUCUGUGGCACACCUGGCUAUUUGGCGCCGGAAACGUUAAAAUGUAAUAUGUUUGAGGGCUCGCCGGGUUACUCAAAAGAAGUUGAUAUUUGGGCGUGUGGCGUGAUCAUGUUCACAUUACUCGUUGGGUGUCCGCCGUUUUGGCAUCGCAAGCAGAUGGUCAUGCUGCGUAACAUAAUGGAGGGUAAAUAUAGUUUUACCUCGCCGGAAUGGGCUGAUAUAUCAGAGGAUCCAAAAGAUUUGAUACGCAAAUGCCUAGUCGUUGAUCCAUCAAAACGUAUAACAGUGAAAGAAGUAUUAAAGCAUCCGUUCUUCAAUCAGAUGGUUCUAUGCUCUGAACCGUCGACAGAUGGCCGCACAACUUAUCAGCUGAAAUCGCAAAAUGUACGCAACACGACGCUCAGCAAUGGCAAUCGGUUAUAUUAUAAUCCUAGCAUUACAAGGGCGCAGACGACGACGACAACGUCAACAACAACAAACAACUAUGGCUACAAUAAUCAUCUACAACAACAACAACAACAAGAACAACCACAGUCAAAGAACUCUAACAAUUAUUACAACAACAGCCGCAAGAGCAUGACAAACUUGUACUUAAACCAACAGCAACAACAAGCGAAUUUGAAUAGCAAUAAUAUUAGUAAUAGCAACAAUUAUACUCCAUCCACAAACAUGACUACUUCCAACAGCAAUUGCACGAGCAUGGAACAAACAACAUACCACAGCAAUAAUUAUAAUAAUAAUUAUAAUUAUUAUCAAAGUAAUGGUAAUAAUGUUUAUAACUAUUCCGCAACGGCUGGUCCGUCCAUACCAUCAACAACAAUAACAGCAACAACAACAACAUUCCUAGCAACAAAUACUACAAAUAAAAACAGUAUUGCCAAUGCGGUAACUACAGCAACAUCGACGUCAAUUGCGUUGCCGGAACAACAGCAGCAGCAACAAGAAUAUGAGCAACAGCGUCUUUCAAUCAGUUGGUGUUGUGGCAAUGAGAAUUUGCUUCUGCGCAAACAAAGUCGCUUUAAUGCACGUAAAAAAUUCCAAUUCGCCAUAUUGGUCAUACGCGCAAUGAUUAGAAUACGCCGACUGCGCUACACCGCCGAACCGUUGCGCGUCGAAGAGGCUAUACGCGAUCCCUACAGGGUUAAGGUGUUGCGUAAGGUAAUCGAUGGCUGCGCUUUCCGCGUGUACGGUCAUUGGGUGAAGAAGGGCGAGGGUCAAAAUCGUGCCGCACUCUUCGAGAACACGCCACGCACAGAGUUGCAUGCGCUCUAUAUCAACAAUCUGAGUCGAUAGUUUGAGUAAAAACGUUAAGGAAAAAAGCUUUAACCAAAUUGAGCGGGAAAAUUGAGGGAGUGUGUAAAACCCUCCGACGUGGAAAGUGAAAAAUGUUGAAAUUUAUGAAUUAAUCAACCGUUAGCUAUAAAUUUUGCUUGCUUACUUGCUAUUAGCGUUUAGAAAGUUGGAAGAAAGAGGGGCAACUCUUAUACAAAAUAUUAUUAUUUUAGCUGCUAAGUUUGCAUAAUAAAAAGAAAGAAACAGAAUUUCUUGAAUUCAGCCAUUAUUUAUAAUGGUUUAUUUGCACUAUUGAAAAAGAGUAGUAAUUUUAUUUAUUUUUCUUUUCGACAAUAGUUAGUAGACAUGUAAAAAUAUACAGACAUAAAUACAUACAGAUAACUUUUGCUAAAAAAAAAGCAAUUAAUACAUUUAAGUACGGCCAAGAAGAAAUGCCAAGUUAAUGAGAAUAUGUGAAUGGAAUCAAAAACAUUUUUAACUGAUAUUAAUGCAUUGUUUAAAUUUUGCUUUAGUUUGUAUUAUUUAUCUAUAUAGUUUAAUUUUGUUAAACACUAAAGCUUUGUAUUUUUUAAGCAAAUGAAGAAAAUACGUGUAAUUCGAAAACCAAAUGAAAUAUAACGAAUUCAUAUGUACGCACUCUACAAUGCAUGUAUGUACAUAUGUGGGCGUAAAGAGUAUAUAUGUACAUACAUAUGUAUGUUGUUAAGAAACAAAUUAUCAUUUUAUAUACAUUCUCAAUGUUAACACUAAACUAAAUUAAUUUACGUAAAAAUAGCAAUAAUAAUAAAAAAGCUGAAAACAACGGUGCGAAAACACACAACAUACGAAGCGAAUUGUUUAAUUGUUGUACGUUAAAUACAAUAUGCGUACAAAGAGGAGGGAAUAAAUUCGAGUUUUUAUAGCACAGGCCAGUUUCGCUUCGUUUCUAUUGUAAUUUGCUGCAUAAUUUUCAUAUAUUUUGUCUGACAAUAGAUUGCAUUAUAUAUUUAAUAUUUAAAAAUUUUUAAAAAUUUAAAAUUUUUAGUGAAUUUUCUUUGACAAAUUGCCUCAUGCAACUCAUUUAUAAUAAACACUUAUUCACAUAACACAUAACAGUCAUUUAUAGUAAAAAUGUUUAAAAAUAAAUAGAAAACAAUUUUUAACAAAAAAAAAAUUGCCCUAAAUUAAUUGUUAAUUUUUUUAUUUAAAAUUGAGAAAUAAAUUUAAAAAAUAGUAGUUUUGUAUAAAUAUCAAAAUAUAAAAUUUGCACUCCGCACCAAAGUGUUUCGUUAAGUAGUCUUUUAUGUUAAGUCUUUUUUUUUUUAAAUUAUAAAAUUAAAAAAAAUUGUUUUUCUUUGUGCUGAAAACCUGAACUAAGGAAAUGUUAGCGAAAAAUACUCAAGAACUUUAAAACGGAAUUGAAAAGAUGAUUAGCGAAAAACGCCACGCAUGCUGCUAUGCGAAGGAACAUGAGUUCAAAUCCUGACGAAGUAAACCAACUUAUAUUACCAUAACAAAAAAAUUAAAAUUUCGCAU